AGCAAUAAUGGGCCUUAUUUUUGUCUUCGAUACUGUCCAUUUUUAAAUAUUCUUUGUGGCAUUGACAAAUCAUAUUGAUUUGUAUUACCAGGAAGACGUCAACAUUCAGUUCCCGAAAUUUCUAACAUAGCUUCCUCUUUAUUUUUCCCCUAGAAAGUGGACAGAGAAGGAUCCUUCUUCAGACAUCUGAAUCUCCAGCAGAGCAUUGGGUGUUCCUCCACUUUGAUUGCUGCACCAAAGGUAGCCAUGGCGACCACUGAUGAUUAUUACGAUGAGGAUUAUAACAGCACCUUCGACUAUGGUUCCUUGCCCGCCCCAUGCGACCUGCAGAACACCUGGCAGUUUGGCAGCCGGUUCUGUCCUGUGGUGUACAGUCUGGUCUUCCUGCUGGCGGUGGUCGGCAACGUCCUGGUGCUGUGCGUGGUGUGGCGCUACCGCCACUCCCGCCGCGGCCCCUGCUCCUUCAACCUGACGGACACCUUCCUGCUGCACCUGGCCGUGUCUGACCUCCUGCUGGCGCUCACGCUGCCCUUCUACUCGGUGCAGUGGGCACGCGAGUGGCUGUUCGGCACGGCGGCCUGCAAGGUGGCCAGCGCCGCCUUCUCGCUCAACCUCUACAGCGGCAUCCUGUUCCUGGCCUGCAUCAGCUUCGACCGCUACCUGGCCAUCGUGCACGCCGUCAGCGCGGGCUGGCGGCGCAACACGUGCCACGCCCAGAUAGCCUGCGCCGUCAUCUGGGUGGCCUGCCUCAGCCUGGCCGCCAUCGACAUCCAGUACAGGGAGGUGGUGGAGCUGCCGCGGUCCGACAUCCGCGUCUGCCAGCUCGUUUUCUCUCACGGCGACUCCCAGAAGUGGCAGGUGAGCCUGCAGCUGGUCAGCAUGGUGGUGGGCUUCGGGCUCCCCCUGCUGGUCAUGCUCUACUGCUACGUGCGCAUCUUUCGCGCCCUGUGCCACGCCACCCGCCGCCAGAAGCGCAAGUCCCUGCGGCUCAUCGUGUCCCUGGUCUCCGUCUUCCUGCUGUGCUGGGCGCCCUACAACGGAUUUCGGCUGGUGGACAGCCUGCAGCGGCUGAGCGUGAUUGGCCAGAGCUGCAGCCUGGACCACGCCCUGGACGUCGGGACUCUGGUGUCGGAGAGCGUGGGCCUGGCGCACUGCGCCUUCAACCCGCUGCUCUACGGCUUCGUGGGGGUGAAGUUCCGCAGGGAGCUCGUGGAGAUGUGGAAGGGGCUGCUGUCGUCCGUCGGCCUUCUCAGAUUGGAUAGCUGGGGACAGAAGAGGCACAGGGCCACGGGACCGUUCAGCUCAGAGAGCGAGAACACCUCUUAUUCCUCCGUUGUGAUGUGAACUUAGCCUGGGAGAGAGGCAGGUGGAGUUGUAAGUGAAGUCACACGCAAAUAAAUAACAACAACAAAAAGAAAAUCUGGUCUAAUUACCAAAAAGUUACAUUUCAACUCAACUCCCCAAGGCCUCAGCUACAGGCUGUGGUGUUCUUUGAAACUGGCUGCACAUACUGUCAAACAUGGCCUCCCAUUAAAUAUCCUGAUUUCCUACCCAAGCUAUUUAAGAGGUUUUCAGCUAGAGUUACAGUCAAGGCCAGUUUAGACACAGCUUAUGGUUACUCACUUCAGGUAAAAUAGCUAUUUGUUCAUAACCAAGCUUUUUAAAUGCAAAUGAGACAUACAAAAAGAUUAUGUUCACUUGUGUGGUGCUAUGUAGAAUUAAUAAAUAACUCUUUUUUGGGAUAUUUAUUUGAUGUCAAACAUUCAGUUCAGGCUAAUUAGCAUGCUUUUGAUUCACUUUCCCAUUCACAGAAUUUUUAUGACAUAAUAGUAAAUAGAUAAUAUUGUUUCAGCGCCUGCUGUCUAUGGAAACCCUCCACAGUAACACUGGUACUUUGCUUGUCACUGUAGCUCAGUAAUGCGGUGAGCAACAGACUCUGUGACACGGCAACAGCAGGUCCAAUGAAUUGCACUUUAUUUACCAAUGUGCACACCAGAGUCACCCCAUGAGCCUGUGGAGCCCAAAAUAAUAAAUAAUAAAAAUGGGCUCCAAAAUAAUAAAUAAUUAAAAUGAUUAAUUAAAAGCACCACACAGGCGCCCCGUAGACAAGCCAGGGCCCUAGGCGGUCGCCUGUAUGGCCAAAUGGAAGGGCCGGCUGUGACCUCACAGGAAGUCCACAGGAAGUCCACAGGGAGACUCAAGAGUGCUCUGAGAGAACUCAAAAGAAUUGUUCUCACACAUCCACCUUCAUGGCUUACAAGUGACUGAAGCCCAAUACCCCGUAAGACAUAAUUCACCAGUGAUCACCUGACACAUCAACAACUGCCCCUAGGCCCGAGUGUGCUUUGAGUGCCUGCUUAAAGAGUUAAUUAGUUUUAAUGAUGUUAAAGUACCUUUAAGUUCCUUCAGCCAUCUUGUAUUAUAUACAGUUUCAUGAAACAGCAUUUCCCCCCUACCUGGUUUCCUGUAACUGCAUAUUUGUCACACUCAAUGGUUUCAGAUCUUUAGACAAAAUGUAAUAUUAGACAAAGGGAAAUCGAGAAAUACAAAACACAUUUUUAAAUCGAUUAUUUCAAUUUUUUUAAUGAAAAAAGUUACCGAACACCCAUAUCAGCCCAUGUGAAAAAAUGAUUGCCCCCUUAAACCUAAGAACGGGCAAGAACUGCAACCAAACAAUGUCACGUUUCUAUCGCCGAUCAACAAUAAUUUUCCAUUGUUUUAGAUUUCACUCUUUGGAGCUCAUGCUCAACCACUGGAGCUCAGAAAGUGUUUAUAUCAGUGUGAAAUGACUUUUGCAACAGUGAGAAAAGAGGACAUGAAACAUUCACUACUUCCACUUAUGCACAGUCUCCACAUGUGAGAGUUCUACUGGCAUGCAAAUGUUGGCAAGAUUUAGUGGCUGGCCUGUGGAGCCAGAUCAUCAUUUUCUGUAUUCUUCUCUGAAUCCACGUGAUGUGGCUUGGAAAAAAACCACGUUCGCAGUAACAUUGGCAGCUGCAGUAAUCCAUGUAUCAUCAUUGGGUAUGUAGAUAAAGGGUGGUUUCCAUUUCUUUCUUUUUUUACCCCCCCCCCCGUCGUGUAAACCUUUUGACUGAUCAAAGUGUCAAAGUGUCAUUUCCUGUUUCACUAUAGAAACCAUACCAGUGGUUAUAUUGGGUUAUUGGAAAAAACGCACACAUAUAGGUGUAUCAUACGGCAUGUGUGGACUUCAGACAUACCCAUUGUAUGGUGGUAGAUGUAUGUGAAGCCAUAACUGUGUCAAAAAUAUUUUACAUAAAUAUGAGUCAUUUCCAUGUUUUCAAGUCAUGAAGUGCUAUAGGCAUUUCACUCACCUUCAAAAAAGUUAAUGAUACAAAUGUCCUCUAUCUGCAGCCCUGUAUAAUUUACAGGUAACUGUGGAUAAGCCCCAUAAUAAAGCAUUAAUCUGUGAUUUUUUAAUAUUAAAAGUAACAUUUGAUACCGUCUCACGAUGGCUUUUUUGUAGCAUUAUCGAUUCAAUGUGUUUGCGUUUGUACAUUGCUCCUCUAUAUGAUUUUUCCUGCUGGUGGAGUCGGGGGUGACAUUCCCACCACUUAUUUAAACUUGAUGAUGCACAUGCAGACCAUUGCAUGACGAAUUAUGCGACAGAGCAGGCAUUUAAAAUACAGAAAGCAUCUUUAAAAUUUGAUUUGAUAAGUUUCUCAAUAUUACCCCGUCAGACGACAACGUUGGCUGUCUCUGCGCAGUCUUCUUUUUCAAAAAUGCGCUACCGCUGGCUAGGCCAUCCCUAGACUUUUGGGGGCCCCAAUGCAAAAAUUAUUUGGGGACCCCUCCAAAUCAUCGGCACCUUCUGACUC